CUUUACUUUGGCCACACCAAGAUGAAAUAAUUCGACGCUUUAAUCUUAAUGAUACUGGUGUUCCUAGUCUUUCAGAUCUGAGUAUCCCACGCAUGGCACCAGUUUCUCUUAACCGCGACGGUGGUCACUCCGACAACAUGAUGAUUCUUCCUUGUCUUAAGUCAAUGACUUGGGUAAUGGAGAACAAGAACUCAACUCCAGCUAAUAAGGUAGCUGUAAUUAACCUGAAGUUACAAGACUAUGCCAAGACUCCAGUAGGAGAAUCAGAGGUAAAGUUUUCACUGUCAAAGGUCACUUUGGAGCCCAUGUUGAGGUCCAUGGCUUACAUCAGCGAACAGCUUUCAACUCCUGCCAAUAAGGUUGCUGUCAUCAAUUUAAAGCUUCAAGACACGGAGACAACCUCAGGAGAAUCAGAAGUGAAGUUUCAGGUUUCUAGGGAUACUUUAGGUGCCAUGUUGAGAUCAAUGGCCUAUAUUCGGGAACAGCUUUCAAACGCAAUCGAGCCUAAACAAGAUAAUCUAACAAAAAGACCACGAAAGUAGGCGUCUUCUGGUGCCACAUAUCACACGAAAAAGUUUUAAGUACAGACUGAUCUUAGGUUCUUCUCUGAACAUUCCUUACCUGACUUCACCCGGGACGCUCUUGUCUUGUGAGUAGUUCCAUUCUAAUCUUGUUUGGUAUCUCAUGCUUGUAAAUGUGAUUUUUCUUUCAGUAGAGCAGAGUGUUUAUUUUCUCUCUUUUUGGUUUGAUUGUUAUGGCCCAGAUUGUAUGAUACAUAGAUGAGACUCUUUGUACAUUGACUUAGAUGGUUUUGUAGGACUAGCAAGCUAUUGAUGUAAAAUGGGAUUUUGUUGUGUAACUUUGUACACACAUCAUGUUUUGUGGAAUAAGAAACUUUUUGCA